CUCUUCAGUGGGCUGAGAUGUGACCCAUUUCCUUUAAGAUGUAAAGGAAAGCAAGCAAUAGUCUGGAUGAUGAGAGCCAGCUCCUUUGUCUACCGUCUCAGCUAUCGCAGAUGAUGAUACUGUAAUCGAGUUUGACUGGAUAAUUACAUAUGAAAUAGCUGAACGUAUUUCACUACUCAGGCCCGUUAUAGCUGAACGUAUUUCACUACUCAGGCCCGUUAAAUGACGUCGCCAAAACAGAGCGUGCAUUGAACGUGGCCCGGAAGUUGCUAUUGUUUGUGAGGGUACAUUUAACCGGAGUAAAUAAGCUAAACGAAGGCGUUGACGUACUUGUGUAAAAUCGAGAUGUUUUGAAAAUUCUAUCGGAUAAUAUAGUUAGCUAACUGUGGCUAGCUGAAAUAGCUAAUUAGGUCAGUGUUGAUAUGCGUCUACUAGCAUAGAUAGCUAACGUUAGCUAAAUUGGGUUUUUAGCUUGCAACUAGCUUGCUUCUUCAGCUACCAAGCAACAUGCCUUCGUACAAAGCAGUGAGAAAGAGCAACCGCUUCUAUUAUUUCAUCAAAUUCACCUUAAAUAUCUACUCAAUGCUCUUCUCGCUCCUGGGCCUGUGUGUGUUGUGCGUGGGGGUGUACGCGGAGGUGGAACGCCAGAAUAACCGUACCCUGGAGGGGGUGUUCCUGGCCCCCGCUGUGGUGCUCAUCCUGCUGGGCCUGGUGAUGUUCACCGUCUCCCUGGUGGGCAUGGUGGGCUCCCUCAGGGACAACAAGACCCUGCUUCACAUGUUCUUGUGUGUUCUGUGUGUCCUACUGUUCCUGCAAGUUGUGGCUCUCAUCGUUGCACUCAUCUUUGAGAAGAAGACAUCAGCCUUGUUCCAAAGUAGCAUACGAGAGGGAAUUAAACACUAUUACGAUGAUCUGGACUUCAAAAACAUCUUGGACUUUGUGCAACAGAAGUUCUCUUGUUGUGGUGGGGACGAGUACAAGGACUGGGGUGUCAAUCAGUACCAUUUCUGCAAUGGCACCGGGCCGCUGGCCUGUGGCGUUCCUUAUACAUGUUGUGUCCGCCACAAGGUGGGAGAGGUUGUCAACACUCUUUGUGGUUACAAGACUCUCAGCCAGCAGCGUGAGGUCCUAGAUGAGGUGAUUCAUGUGCGAGGCUGUAUCCAUGCUGUCAACCUGUGGAUGAGCGACAACGUGGGAGCAACUAUUGGGCUCUGCUGUGCCUUAGGUCUGCCACAGCUUAUGGGCAUCGUGCUGAGCUGUAUGUUCUGGAACCUGCUGGUGGAGAUGAAUGAGUCCAUGGACAUGGUGGACUUCAAGAUCCUCAAGAGGGCUGGCUUUGAGUACAGCGAGCUGGACCUGGCUGGUGCUGGCUGCUGCCUGUGUCUGCCCAGAGACGGAGGCUACCUCCCCCUGCCAGCUUUAGACCCCAUCUUGUCUGACCCUGACCUAAAGCCCAUCCCCAUCCGGGUCCAGCGGCCCCUGCCCGUCCAGGUCCAUAGGCCCCUGGCCCAAUCCCUCCAAGACCUCAAGCUAUCUGGGCUUAGACUGGACGAGGUAGACAUUGGGCGGAAGCAGAAAAGAAGGGAAUAUUAAUUUUAGAAUUUCCUCUGAGUUGUUUUGUUGUUGUUUUGGUCUGUGUGUUUGUUGAAGGACAGGUUAGACCUGUUGCACUAUUUGGUGGUCAAACCAAUCAAUGGUCAUUAACUGACAGGAUCACAGGUUAUAAUGGCCAUGUUCCUAGCUGGCUACAUUGCAUACGCAUGCCAGAUCUCAAUGCCUGGAUAGGUGUUUAACAUAUCAGCUAACCACAUUAUAUGAUAUAGCAAUCUGAUGCCUGACUGCGCAGUUGAUGACGUGGCACACAUCCAUUGGUUGAUGCAAUGCAUGCAGUUGGCCUGGAACCCGACCAGAGGUUUGGCACUUUGGAAAGGCAUUAUUGGAGCAAUCGUUAGUCUUUCAAAGAACAAGAUGCUGCAGUGGUUUUUAGACACUAAUUUAAGUUGUUUUUACCCUUUUCUAAAUGGAGCUUUCAAAUUGAGCUGCGGUCUCUGCAUUAUUUUUGACAUUUCCUCAAAUUUGUUGCAGGUAUUUUAUAAAUCUUUUAUUUUGAGCUGUGUCUCAUGUGCUAAAGCAUACCUCAGGCUGUAUUCAAAUGGCCCAAUAGUCAGAAGACAAUUCACAUCAUGUUUAUUUACUAUACCGACUUGACAUUUUUUUUGUUUGAGAUGAUCAUUCUAGUCAGAGCAGAGGAAUGGGAGUAGCCAAUCUUGUCUCGCUUCGAGUGCAAUGUCUGUGAAGGAUGUGUAGCAUGUUUCUUUUUUGUAUGAACUCUUUGAUUCCGUUUGUACACAGUGCCUUCGGGAAGUAUUCAAACCCCUUGACCACUGCCUUGUUCUAAAUUAUUAUUCGAUUUUUAUUUUUUAUCCCUCAGCAAUCUACACACAAUACCCCAUAAUUACAAAGUGAAAACCCGUUUUUAGAAAUGAUUGCUCAUUUAUUAAAAAUUAAAAACAGAAAUACCUUAUUUACACUACUGUUCAAAAGUUUGGGGUCACUUAGAAAUGUCCUUUUUUUUAAAGAAAAUCAAUUUUUUUUGUCCAUUUAAAAUAACAUCAAAUUGAUCAGAAAUACAGUGUAGACAUUGUUAAUGUUGUAAAUGACUAUUGUAGCUGGAAAUGGCAGAUUUUUUUUAUUUUUAUGGAAUAUCUUCAUAGGCAUACAGAGGCCCGUUAUCAGCAACCCUCACUCCUGUGUUACAAUGGCACGUUGUGUUAGCUAAUCCAAGUUUAUCAUUUUAAAAGGCUAAUUGAUAAUUAGAAAACCCUUUUGCAAUUAUGUUAGCACAGCUGAAAACUGUUGACCUAAUUUAAAGAAGCAAUAAAACUGGCCUUCUUCAGACUAGCUGAUGCUCCAGAUACUCAACAUUUGUCGUUUGAGAAACAGACGCCUCAUAAGUCCUCAACUGGCAGCUUCAUUAA